AGCCCGUGAACCGUACAAGAUGGCAGACGUGCUGGACCUUCAUGAGGCCGGAGGCGAAGACUUCGCCAUGGACGAGGAUGGGGACGAGAGCAUUCAUAAGCUGAAGGAGAAGGCCAAGAAGCGCAAGGGGCGGGGCUUCGGCUCAGAGGAGGGGUCCCGGGCCCGAAUGCGAGAGGAUUAUGACAGCGUGGAGCAGGAUGGAGAUGAACCCCGGCCGCAGCGCUCUGUGGAGGGUUGGAUCCUCUUUGUGACCGGGGUCCAUGAGGAGGCCACCGAAGAAGACAUACACGACAAGUUCGCAGAGUAUGGGGAAAUUAAGAAUAUCCACCUAAACCUGGACCGGCGCACAGGAUACCUCAAAGGCUAUACCUUAGUGGAAUACGAAACUUACAAGGAGGCUCAAGCGGCCAUGGAGGGACUCAAUGGCCAGGAUAUGAUGGGACAACCGAUUAGCGUGGAUUGGUGUUUUGUUCGUGGUCCACCCAAAGGCAAAAGGAGAGGUGGCCGAAGACGGAGCAGGAGUCCAGACCGGAGACGGCGCUGACAGCUGCUCAAAUGCUAUUCUCCUAUUCUCUCUCCAGGAUCAGUUUGCUUCCAUCC